CAGCUGCGGCUCAGAGUAUUGUUUCUUCAUAUCCUAUGUAAUGCAUUCUCAUGCUUAAAAGUUUGCAUUUGAAACAGUGGCCAGGUAAACAUGGUUGUCAUGGCUUGCUGAAAUGACAUUGAACGAACCAGUAUCGUCUCAGUAUUGCUCUUGAGUGCUGACUGGAAGAGAAUGUAAAGAAGGCUUUUGUGAAGCAUAUUGCAUUAAUUUUUCACUUUUACAUUUUAGCAGACGCUCUUGUCCAGUGCGACUUACUGGAGCAAUUAGGGUUGUGCCUAGCUCAAGGGCACGUCAACAGAUUUUUCACCUAGUCAGCUCGGGAUUUAGACCAGCAACCUUUCUGCUCUUAACCACUAGGCUACCUGCCACCCCAUGACCUCCUCAGCAGUACUAGUGACAUUUCUGCUGAUGGAAUGCUGUGUGGUCUCAGAGCAGACACUUCCUCCUUUCUCUAUCUGAACUACAUCUCCAUUGAUAGAGGGCACAGAUAGAAAUAGAUAUCUCUGCCAAAUGACAUGCCAGUAGCUUUGUACCUGCUCUGGUUUUCCAGCUUUAAACAAUUUCAUUUUUAUGUCGGAAGUGAGAGAGAGAAGGUACUACUUUCUAUAUAUUUUUUCCCAAUUUUUGUGGUUUCUCUCUCGGACAGUGGCCCAUCCUUUUAGUUCUCUGUGACUACUCACACCUCUCAGCCCUACUGGCAGAGUUGCUGUUAGGAGCCCCCUGCUCAUGCUGUACAUCCAUAUGGUGGCUCCAUAGAGACAGAAUAUGAAUACCUCAGUGGAUGUCAUUAUUUAACCUUUGACCUGGAUCUGGCCACUGUCAGGUCACAUGAGCAGUCAGAGCCCACCGCUGAAACUACUUUCAUUACUACUGGUUUGGUUUAUUAAGCUGCUGAGUGCCCCAUUCAAAGUGGAAAGAGAUCCUGUGAAGAAGGAUCCCACUGUGGUGGGCAUAUAUGAAGGACUAAAGCCCGAGAGGUUAGCCAGAGAAUGUUGGUAAAUUCUGUCACUCUCUCACACACACACACACACACACACACACACACACACACACACACACACUAAAAUACAAGCGCAUAUUUAUACACCACCAGUGCAGCUCAAAGGAAUGAUAGGCAUCUGUCUGUGAAUGCUGACUGGCCAGAGACUCAAGGAGGGAGGGUCAGUGAGAAAGGGAGAGGGUGGGGAGCACUUCAAGGGAGCAGGGAGGGUAGGUCUUACGGAGACCAAAAGAGGGAGGGAGAGUGGGAGGAGUAUACCAGAGGGGAAAGAAAGUCGCACAGAGUUUCUGGCAAAGUAGACAGAGGUGUCCGGGAAAGAGGAGACCAGGGAACUUGGUUGAACAAGCUGUGGACCAGGUGUGCUCCUCCUCUGCCCAGCACGGAGUGCCUAUUCCUGGGUAGAAAGAGGAAAAGAGGCCCCUCUGGGGCUGGAUCAUGGGACAGAGCCUUCCUCUGGAGACCCCAGCUCAGGACCAACACCAACACAUCCACUGUAGCGUUGAUGAAGUUGACCACCUGCACAACACGACGGAAGGAGAUGGGGACAGCACCCCUCUCCCAUGCAAGGGCAAGGGAAAGUUCUCUACCCUUGGCAAGAUCUUCAAACCAUGGAAGUGGAGGAAGAAGAAAAGCAGCGAGAAGUUUACGGAAACUUCAGAAGUUCUGGAGAGAAAGAUGUCGAUGAGGCGACCGAGACAGGAGCUUAUAGAACAGGGAGUGCUGAAGGAGCUCUCAGAGAAUGAAGGGGACGAUCCUCACAGCCCCAAACAGUCCUACGUGAAGAAUGGCCACACCCUGCCCGUGGGUGGUGGUGGAGGGGGCAGAGGGCAGGAAAACCAGACAAGACCCCCCUCAGACCUUGGGAUGAACCCCUCAGACUUUAAGAUUAACCCAGCCUGGCUGCCCCAGAUAGAGGACCGCAGGGUCCGAUUCCCCCCGGACAUAGACCGCCAGGGUGGCCCCAGAGGCUCUGGGCAGCAGGAGGAGGGCCGGCGAGGAGGUGGAGGGUCCCAGGGGGAGGGGGAAUGGAAGUCUAACAUGGCCUGGCAGGGCCAGGCGAUGGUCCAGGUGCAGGGGAUGGGACAGGAGGAGGGUAGACGCGGGGGCAGACUCCACCCUUCUGAUGGAGACAAGCGGCCGGGCCUGCAGAAGGCGCCAUCAGAGGACGGUAGGAGUCGCCGCCCUGCUGAGACCGCAUGGAAACCUACCCUCCCCCGGCACGCGUCCGCAGAGGAGGGAAGGGCCCGUAGAGAAUCAGAGAGCCAUUUUGUUCCUGACCCAGAUUUGCUGCGGGACACUCUCCGAGAGUCUCUGUCCCCCAAACAGUCCGUUAUGCCCCCCAAGUGGCUGAUGAGCUCCACCCCCGAGCCCGGCAGCGAAGGGUCACCCUCAUCCCACACCCCAUCCAACCACCCUGCAACCACGUACUCUUCCUCCUCUUCUUCCUCUGCAGUUGCAAUGCCUGCCCGAACUGUCUCCUCUGCAGGCGCCAACCCCCAAUCUUCAGCAGUAGUGUCCUUCGCUCCAUCCUCCACCCCCCAGGCGACCAAGCAGCCUCCCCUCCCCCUGCCCAAGCCCGUCAACAGGGGCGUUAAUGCUGCCAUGUUGGCCUCCACUCUACAGGGGGGUGAGAACCAGAAUGACUCCCAACUGCCCCUCUACUGGUCCUGCUGGAAACGCGAGGGCGACUAUGAUGUCUACCUGUCCCUCCCUGUCUACCUGUGCCGGCGGGAUGGCAAGGGCCUGCGGUCAGGCAACCUCACCCAGGCCGGUACCAGACUGGUGCCAACUAAGCCCUCCCCACCGAUGCCCCCCAAGAGGACCACCCCUGUCACAAAGCGCAACCCGGAGGACCCGUCUGCGUCCACCCAGUCUGUUUCCACCCCCUCCCCUUCCCUUCUUUCUCCUGAGGACCAUCAUAACCACUCAGCAGGCUUCCAGAUGCCUCCCCCGUCCCCGCCCUUACCCAACCACAUCCCCCCUUCUCCCCCCCGCCAGCAUCUGCAAGCGCACUACCUCCACCACCAGCACUCCUACCAACAUCCCAUCCCCCAGCCCUUGCUCUUUGACCCCCCCAGCCCCACCAGUGAGCCCCCCCAGCGGCCGGCCCCCGUCCCCCUGCACAUCAUGAUCCAGAGGGCCCUGUCCAGCCCCGGCCCGGCCCAGCCACAUCCCGACGGCUCCCAGCGCUCAGCUCACUCCCUGCUCUUCGAGACACCGCCUGAGUACCAGGGGGACCGCAGCCGGCCCCUAGCCGUCAGCAUCCAGCCUCUGAAACUGGCUGAGGAUGACUACUCGGAGGAGGAGGAUGAUGAAGAAGAGGAGGAGGAGGAGUAUGAUGGGGAGCUCCCCCAGCCAGAGCUGGAGCCACGGAGCAGGAGGUGCAUGGUGGGAGAGCCCAGCAUCAAUGUCAUCCCUGAGGGACCCAACAGCAGUGAGGAGGAGGAGGAGGAGGAAGAACAGCAGGACUUGCAAAGGGACGACAGCGACUCGGACGGGCCAGUGCUCUAUAAAGAUGAAGAUUCAGACGAGGAUGAGGAGGAUGAGCCUCCACCCAGUGCUUUGGCCAGCAGGGUCAGAAGGAAAGACACUUUAGCUUUGAAACUGAGUAACCGACACGCCCCAGAGAAACAUGCUCGAGAGGACAAGUCCAGCGGUCACACCGAACGAUGCACUCCGGGACACACACCAGGACACACACACCAAGGGUCAACAGGGCUGACGUGGCAGAGCAGGGAGCAAUGGGAGGCCAUACGCACACAAAUAGGCUCUGCACUCACAAGGCGUCUCAGCCAGAGACCCAGUGCAGAGGAGCUGGAGCAGAGAAACAUCCUUCAACCCAAGAACCAGGUAGACAGGCAGGCAGAGGUCCGAGAGAUCAAACGUAGGCUCACCAGGAAGCUGAGUCAGAGGCCCACGGUUGCUGAGCUUCAGGCCAGAAAGAUCUUGCGCUUCCACGAGUAUGUGGAGGUCACCACAGCCAAUGAUUACGAUCGGCGAGCGGACAAGCCCUGGACCAAGCUAACACCCGCCGACAAGGCUGCCAUUCGGAAGGAACUCAAUGACUUUAAGAGCUCUGAAAUGGAGGUUCAUGAAGACAGUAGGAUCUACACAAGGUUCCACCGGCCUUAGCAUCCACCCCAUACUGGAAAGCACUUUCUUAACCAGUGGCUGGCGGAGUCUCUGGAGAGGAGUCGUAGGGUCUUGGUGCUCCCUAAACAGACUGCCUUUUUAUGUUGCUGAAUGUAAGGUACAGAUCAUCAAGGAAGGCCCUAGAAUUGACUGAACUGAAAACAGGGGGACUGAGGACCAGAUGCAGUAUUUCUCCCGGACAUUAGGGGGAACCAAGUGCCAACAAAGUGGAGAGCUGGCAGAGGGGCUUGACCGAGAGGACUGACUGGGAGCCACUGCCAAUGUGUGUUAUCCCUCAGGAACUUGGUUCCACUGACAAUGACCUUUUGCCUUUUUUCUGCUUUUACUCUGUAUGGCACAGUUAACCCAUGUUGCAGAGAUGUAAAUGUAAUAACAUUACAGUAAUAAUAGUCCUAAUAAUGACAGCUACAAUAAUAAACACAGUGAUAAUACAUGUUAGAGAGGAAGCUGCAGAAAGAGGAUGAGGAGGAAUACGACUGUGGGAUUUGCCGUUCCCCAAGACUGGAAAAGCUCUGGGAUAAUUGUGUAUAGAUUUCUGUGAUUUGUUAGACUGAAACUUUGGAGAGUUCUAAUAAUGACAACUGUAAUGCAUAAUAUUUUGAUCACAACAUAAAUUACUGCUUUUAUUUGAACCUGUUUUGUAGUGUGCAUUUUUACAUUUUAGUUACUUAGCAGACGCUCUUAUCCAGAGCGACUUACAAGAGCAAUUAGGGUUAAGUGCCUUGCUUGAGGGCACAUCAGCAGAUUUUUUUCCCCCACCUAGUCGGCUUGGGGAUUCGCAACAGCUAACUUUUGGUUACUGGCCUAACGUUCUUAACCGCUAGCCUGCCCUGCCUGUAUUUGUAUAUUUGGCUGUAACGUUGGGGUGAGCAUUUGAGCUGAUACUAGUCAUAGGAAAGAACACAAUGAGGAGGUAGUUGGUGUGCUAUUCUUUUUAUUUGUUUCGCUCUUUUUUUGCCAGACACUGAUCCCCAUGCUGACAGUAGAAUGCUGGUUUUUCAUGUCGCAGAUUUCUUCAAUUCGCUGCAUGAGCCAACACACAGUGCAAUUAUUGAAUCAAUACAUGAUUCUUUUUUUAUUUACGCUUUUUUAUUAGAUUGUUUUUGUACUUCUCUACAUAGGUCAAACCAUGCAAUGCUGCAAAUAAUAGCUGUUUAAAAAUGCUAAGAUCAUGAUGGCAUCUUAAAUGAAAUAAAAGUUUAAAUGUUACACAUCUUUAGAGAAUGUAUCAAAGUGCAGUUAGCGUAGAUCAGGAUUUGAUUAAUCAAACAUGAAAAAACAAUUUAGUGCAUUUUAUGGUUGACUGGGAAUCAUUUUGUCAGGAAAAUGCUUUUUUAUCUGGAGAAAUGUAUCAUGCUUCUGGUCAGUAGAUUACAGGGUCCUUUGCUGUACAGAUGCAUUUAGGUUACUGUUGUGUAUCUUUUUCUUCCUUAUUAUUUGAAAAUAAAUGUUAAAUAUAGUAAAGUAUUAUAUGUUGCUAUUUUUCUAAGCACAAAAUAUUACUAUAUAAUUAAACACUACAACAAUGGGAA